GGUUAUGUACUCUAUGAGGUUAUGGAGUAUGGUGUUAUCAACAUUCUAAUUUUUCUUUCUGUAUAUAAUAUCUUUUUACUGACUCUUUAAAAAAUUAUGAUUAGAAAACUCUUAUUGACCCCACGUUCUUGCAACAUCUAUCCUGGGAAUGUAACAGUGCUAAAAAGGUCCUUGGAAACCCUUUCGAAAAGGUUUUGCAGCAGUAACACUAAGCAAGAAAUCGAUUUUUCACAUAUACCGGUCGAACGGAUUCGUAAUUUUAGCAUAAUAGCUCAUGUUGACCAUGGGAAAAGUACACUCGCUGAUAGACUUUUAGAAUUCACGGGGGCGAUAAAGCCAAAUUGUGGACAGAACCAGGUGUUAGAUAAGUUGCAAGUGGAAAGAGAGAGGGGGAUAACAGUGAAAGCUCAAACUGCUUCUUUGUUGUACAAGUAUAAUGAUGAAGAAUAUUUAUUAAAUUUGAUUGAUACUCCCGGACAUGUUGAUUUUUCUAAUGAGGUCUCUCGCUCAUUAUCAGCAUGCCAAGGAGUUAUUUUGCUGAUAGAUGCUAACGAUGGGGUUCAGGCUCAAACCGUUGCCAAUUUUUAUCUGGCUUUUGGAAGUGAUCUAAUAAUCAUUCCGGUCUUAAAUAAGAUUGAUUUAAAAAAUGCCGAUCCAGCUAGAGUAACUCAACAGUUGGAAAGCCUAUUCGAUAUUGAUCCUAAGGAAGUCUUAAAGAUAUCUGCCAAAUUAGGCACGGGCAUAGAUAAGGUAUUAGAAGCCAUAGUGACGAAACUGCCAUCACCAACCGUUAACAGGGAUGGCAAUUUCCGAGCUCUUCUCUUCGACAGUUCUUAUGAUAAAUACCGAGGAGUGUUAUCGUUGGUUUUUAUCAAAGACGGUAUGAUAAAAGUCGGGGAUCACAUACAGUCAGUCUACACUCGGAAGAGUUACGAAGUCAAAACACUUUCAGUGCUCAGACCUCAAGAAAUACCAGUUGAGAAGCUCGUUGCUGGGCAAAUAGGCCUUAUCGGUUGUAAUAUGAGAUCAAGCAAAGAAGCCCAUAUAGGAGACACUAUACAUUUAUUAGGGAAAACCGUGGAAACUUUGCCAGGAUUUCAACCGGCUAGACCAAUGGUUUUUGCUGGGAUUUAUCCCAUGGAUCAGUCGCAGCAUGUCAAUUUAAGAAGUGCCAUAGAGAAAUUGAUUCUUAAUGACUCGGCUGUUACCUUGGAGAUAGAUGCAAGUCCAGCGUUAGGUCAAGGCUGGCGCUUGGGCUUCCUUGGACUGCUACAUAUGGAAGUUUUCUCCCAAAGGCUAGACCAAGAAUAUGGAGCGGAACCGAUCAUAACAGCCCCUUCGGUUAUUUAUAAGAUUAAGUUGAAAGACACCAAACAGAACUUGAAAGAGGGUAAAAAUGUGAUUUUUAUCAAUAAUCCCGCCUUGUGGCCAGAAGUACCUCAAAUUGAAGAGUGCUUUGAGCCGAUGGUUAUUGGUACAAUCAUCACCCCAGAUAAGUACCUGGGGGCCGUAAUGUCUCUGUGUUUGGAGCGAAGGGGGACGCAAAGAAAUGCCACUAAUAUUGAUAACGAGAGGGUUAUGCUGCAGUAUGAUCUACCGCUUUGCGAGAUCGUUGUCGAUUUCCAUGACACGUUGAAAACGAUUAGCUCGGGGUAUGCCAGUUUCGAUUAUGAAGAUAACGGAUAUGCCAGCAGCAAUUUAGUUAAGAUGGGCGUCCUUUUAAACGGCACCCCAGUAGAAGAACUGAGUCAAAUCGUCCACAUCACCAAAGCCCAAACCAUGGGUAAAAAAGUAGCACUAAAAUUGAAAGAUAUAAUACCCAGACAAAUGAUAAAUAUCGCCAUCCAGGCGGUGGUGGGUGGAAAGGUGCUCGCCAGGCAAGAUAUUAAGGCGUAUAGAAAAGAUGUUACACAAUGGCUGUAUGGUGGUGAUGUAACGAGAAGGAAAAAACUUCUCGCUCAACAAGCGGCAGGCAAGAAGAAAAUGAGAAUGAUUGCCAAUAUUUCUCUACCAAGGGAAACAUUCAUUAACGUCUUGAAAAAGUAACGUAUUAUACGUUUUUUCUUAGUGAAUCGUUAUGAACUUUAUUUAAAGGUAAAUUCAAUACAAAGUUACACAUAAA